AUGAUGUGUUCCUCUCUGAUGCAGCUAUGGCCCUACCCAAACCGGGCUAUGGUCGUGACAACACCCGAGGCCAUGGUCCUACCUGGACCCGAGGAACCAAGACUUGUGCGAGUCAUUGAUUAUGAUUACAUAUCCACAUAUGGUUAUGAGGACUUUGUCAGGGAGUUCAACAAGCUCCUGGAAGAAGAGUACCAACCAGGAGCUAUGCCGGAGCCUGAAGCUUGCCACGAGAACGAAGCGGCUCCUCAAGGAUUCUGGGUGAUGGACAUUACUUAG